AUUUGCGCUUCAUCGAUUGAGAUGGCAGCUGCCCAGUCUCUUUUGGAUGAAGUACAUGAGGGACUACCAGUGAGGCCGGCUGACACCAAUCUCUAUACGCUUGGAUCGAUCAGCAACCAUAACGUUGUCCUCGUUUGCUUGUCAAGUUGCAUUUACGGUAUCGCCUCCGCAGCCGUAAUAUCAAUCGGCUGCCGACUACCUAGCUUCUGCUCGGUUCAGUUUGUGUUGAUGGUCGGCAUUGGAGAAGGG